UAUCGAUGGGCUUUAUAAGUACACAGAGUAUGAAUUUCAAGUGUUGGCCUUUACUUCUGCUGGUGAUGGUGUAAAUAGCUGUUGUUGUUAAGAGAACAAAAGAAGAUGUUCCUUCACUGCCGCCUAGUAGCUUUACUCUGGCUGCAAGCACUUCUACAAGUAUAAUAGCAUCCUGGCAGUUACCACCAGAAGACUCCAGAAAUGGAAUCAUCACAGGAUAUAAAUUGUUCUACAAAAAGAAAGGCUCGUUAGGGCCAGCAAGCAUGCAGCCCAUUAACGGUCAGGCUACUCACUCUCAAGAGGUCACUGGGCUUGAUAAGUACACAGAAUAUGAAUUUCAAAUAUUGGCAUCCACUUCUGUUGGGGAUGGACCAAAAAGUACAGUUGUUUAUGAGAAAACAAAGGAGGCUGAGCCCAGUCGUGGACCAGAGGAGAUAUCUUCCUCUGCAGUGAGCUCCGCAAAAUUCAAUAUAACUUGGCUUGGACUGUCUAGAGAAGUAGCCAAUGGCAUGAUCAUAAACUACGAAGUUAGGCUCGGUGUAGUAGAAAACUGCACAGAGAUCAAGUCUUCUUACGAUUCAACCUUUAAUACGACCAGCACUUAUGUUAUCGUCACUGGACUCUCUUUGUGUACCAAGUAUGAGGUGUCUGUCAGAGGCUACACUGCCGUGGGGCCUGGACCCUACAGCAACCCUGUAAUGGUACAGACAUUGGCUGUGGUUUGGUCUAAAGAAACGCCAUCUUCGCCUUCUUUUUCUGCAAAUUCAGAUGAAGGAGGAAUUUCAGUUAAAGUCACGCUUCCACGUUUCCCUGGAAAUGCAAGGUUUUUCCAAGUUAUCAUCAUUACAUAUAGCUCAAACUAUACUGGUGCUGUUAACCCAUCAGAAAGAUUUACAACACAAGACAUGAUGACGUACGAAGAAGCGCACAAAUCUGCCAUUCCUGCUGCUUAUGUCGCUUUUCAGUUUGGAGGAAAUGAUUUUGAUAAGUAUCGGGAAUUUGUUGUUGGAGAUGGAGCGGAAUCCAGCGGUAAAGAAAGGAGUAAAAGAAGUAGUGGUGAUCAGUUUUAUUACAACAAACCACUGCAGCCGAAUACAAACUACAAAAUGUUCCUCAGAGCUUUUGACUCCGAGGUAUUUUAACAAAAAGCAGGUAAUUUAGUGUUAACAACUG